ACUGGCGUGUUUCUGCAGUGGAGGAAUCCGUCGGUGACAUUUCUGUGGCUCCGCUGGGAUUUAAGCUGAGAAAAUGGACACGCUGAAUAAAUUGAAGCACUUUGACGCCUAUCCCAAAACUCUGGAGGAUUUUCGCGUGAAGACGUGGGGAGGAGCGACCGUGACGAUCAUCAGCGGCGUCAUCAUGUUAAUCCUGUUUGUGUCGGAGCUGCAGUACUAUCUCACCAAAGAGGUCCACCCUGAGCUGUACGUCGACACGUCGCGAGGAGACAAACUAAAAAUUAACAUUGACGUCAUUUUCCCUCACAUGCCCUGCGCCUAUCUCAGCAUCGACGCAAUGGAUGUGGCGGGCGAGCAGCAGCUGGACGUCGAGCACAACCUGUUCAAGCGGCGGCUGGAUAAGGACCUGAACGCCGUCACGCUCGAGGCCGAGAAACACGAACUGGGGAAGGCGGACGACGGCGAAGCGUUCGACCCGAGUUCUCUGGACCCCAACAGAUGUGAGAGCUGCUACGGAGCCGAGACCGAGGAGCUCAAGUGCUGCAACACCUGCGACGACGUGCGCGAGGCGUACCGGCGGCGCGGCUGGGCCUUCAAGAGUGCUGACACCAUCGAGCAGUGCAAGAGGGAGGGAUUCACGCAGAAGAUGCAGGAGCAGAAGAACGAGGGAUGCCAGGUGUACGGCUUCCUGGAGGUCAACAAGGUGGCAGGAAAUUUCCACUUCGCUCCAGGAAAAAGUUUUCAGCAGUCUCACGUGCACGUUCACGACCUGCAGAGCUUCGGUUUGGACAAUAUAAACAUGACUCACUGGAUAAAACACCUGUCGUUUGGUAAAGAUUACCCCGGCAUCGUUAACCCUCUGGACGGGACUGACGUCACUGCGCCACAAGCGUCGAUGAUGUACCAGUACUUUGUGAAAAUUGUACCAACGAUAUACGUGAAAACUGACGGAGAGGUGGUAAAAACAAACCAGUUCUCCGUCACCAGACAUGAGAAAGUGGCCAACGGGUUGAUAGGAGACCAGGGUCUGCCGGGCGUCUUCGUUUUGUACGAGCUGUCGCCGAUGAUGGUGAAGUUCACAGAAAAACACAGGUCGUUCACGCAUUUCCUCACAGGAGUCUGCGCCAUCAUCGGAGGCGUGUUCACAGUUGCCGGGCUGAUCGACUCGCUCAUCUACCACUCGGCUCGCGUCAUCCAGAAGAAGAUAGAGCUGGGCAAGGCGUCCUAACGACGCCCAACCCCAACCCUCCACAGUGCAACACAGACCCUGACAGAGACGGGAGGACGGGGGGGUGGGGGGUGGCGCGGACGCAGGAGUUGGACAUCGUCCUUCGUUGCGUGAUGGAGGACACAGACGCAGCCGAACGGGGCGGGAUGUCUCGUCGGUUCUGACGCCGUCUCCCGGAGCUCUGAGCGGGAACUUAAGAGACAAGCUGGAUUUCCUGCAUCCCGUCUGAACGCCAGUCGAAUCACAACCUCGAACGUUUGUGAAAGAUCUGUGGUCGAGUCCAGGAGAGCGAGGAACGCCGGAGCUCCGAUUACCGUCAAUCAUUCACUUCAUUUCACCUCAUUUCACCCAUUCAUCUUUAUUUUUAAUUUUUUUAUCACAAUCACAGCGUGACCACUAGCAAACUGACAUCACUUAUAAAAUGCUUAUUUGUGCUGUAGGUUUUAAGGAUGUAGUUAAAUUUGUUUUUUUCUUGCCAAAAAAUCCCACGAAAAGUAGCAGAGAAACCAUGAUUUAACUGCACCUCUGCCGGAGUUUUAAACCGUGUAAUCUUACUGAUCUGCGCUGCAGCUCGGGUGUUUUUGUAAAGGUUUAUUGAAACACGUUAUAGCCACGUCACGUCACUGCGAUGAACGCCGUAUCAGUCCGCCACAGGAAGUAGUCCACAAGUUCAAUGUCUUUUUCUUUUCUUUUUUUUUUUAAGUUGACAGAUUUUCUUGAUAAAAGCUCAGUGAAGCAAAAUGAGCCUCUUCACCCACGUCUUUAUUGCUCGGCCGGCGCUUCGCUCCGUCCUCGGAGCCUCGUCCGCCGCUGGUUUCACAGCUCGGCCACUUCAGAGGUGCAGAAGAAGCAACUCGGUGUGAAGCUGGAGGGAGAUCUACACGACUACACUACAGGAAAAAAAGCCCUUGUUUGAAUUACCGUAUUGUCCCGAAUAUAAGACGACCCCGAUCAUAAGACGACCCCCUCUUUUUCAAGACUCAAGUUUGAAGAAAGACUUUUUGAACACCAAAUUCAAUUUUUAUACAGAAAAUAAUUACAGUGCAUCUGAAACAAAUGAUUAUAACAAUAUAUUCGAGAGAAAAAGCAUGUUAUUUUGACUAUUUAAAAUCAUUAUCUUGAAGUUUGCAUCAUAACUUCUCCUCAGCUGCCGGUUCAUCUGCCCAACUUCCACCCUCUUUUCUCCAGAUUGUCGCUACGUUUCUCCACUUUCUGUUCUCUCCUCUUAUUUUCUUCUCUUUUCUUUCUUAUACUAUUUUUUAUUUUUCUUCUUCGUGACAGGGGUUCGCUUUGGCCUGGGGAGUUAAGUUCAGCAUUUGCUUUAAAGAUAUCUGGCGCCAUGUAGCGGUGUAAAUGGGUAUAACGUCUAGGCCCCGAAUGUAAGACGACCCCUACUUUUUCAGUCUUAUUUCAAUGAAAAAAACCCCGUCUUAUAUUCAGGCCAAUACGGUAAAUAGUCUUACUUUUCCUGUGGUGGUUAGACUAUUUAGUUAAUCUCAAGGAUUCGAGUCGGGAAAGCUUUUCUUGCCCCAAUGGCAGGUGUUUCUGCUGGAUAUUAUUGGACCAUCUGACUAGAUUUGGGAAUAUUAGGUUUAUUUGUGGGGAGAAAAGUCCCAGAGACGCUGGAGACUCGGAUCCUGGACGUGACCUCACUGCUCUGUAACAACUCAACCGUUAAUGAGUCUAAUGUUUCAUCAGACUGUUCUGUCCGGCCCACGAACACCAGCGUGGGCAUUAAUCCGCAGCACAGUCCACUUUUCCUGCAUUUCAUGUCGAUGACUGACCAAAUCAACGCUCAACAAGCAACAAGCGAUAUUUUUUAGAAAUAUUGUUUUGGACAAACACCCGUUUUUUGUUGUUUUUUUUUUUGCCAUCUCAUCCACCUGUAAACAUUAAUAUAAGACAAACAUGCAGUUGCAGCACAAGAACUACAGAAGCAAAUAAAUGAGUUCACAGAUGCCAGAAUAGUGACUUUAAAAGCUGCUUAAAGGCUCCUCAGCUCGCCGUCCGUCCGUCUUUAACUUAAAUCUUCGGUUUCACAAACACAAGAAAGUUUUCUGCUUUAAUGUCCAGAAACAAACCGCCUCCGAGGAAACAAUGUUUGAUAAACUUUUGCUUUUUAAAAUGAUGGGGAAGGGUCACUUAUUGAGAUUUUUUUUAAAUGGUAUAUGUAUAUAUAUAUAUAUUUUUUUUUUUAUAUAUAUAUAUACAUACACACACAUAUGCGAUAUAUAAUUAAUUAUGAGGAAUAAAAACACAAUCUGUCUUAUUGAGUUUGAUUUGAUCCCCUGGAAGAUCCGUUUUUAGUAAAUUGUCAUAUUUAAAGUCAGAAAUCCAAGCUUCAGAGCCUCGCAGCUGUCUGUCCGUCAAAACUGGGCUAUUUAUCUGAACCACGACCCUCGUCACGCGUGAUGGGUUCGAGCGUCUCCUCAUCGCCUCUUCUGAAUAAUCCUGGGUUUAUUUUUGCAGCAUCUGGAUGAUGAAGUUUGUUCUGCAUCUGCAACAGAUGUUCAGUACUUUGGCUGUCAAGAGACACUUGAUGGAACAAUAUUCCACGACUGCGCUCAAGUCCUCUGACGUCUGGCCGAUGCGGAUCGAUCACGGCGGAUCGAAGGGAGUCACGUGAUGGCUUGUUGUUGCACCUUUUACCAUCUCAAUCAGGACAGGAGUUUCUCCCUCCCUCCCUCUCUCUCUCUGUGUGUGCGUGUGUGUGUGUGUGUGUGUGUGUGUGUGUGUGUGUGUGUGUGUGUGUGUGUGUGUGUGUGUGUGUGUGUGUGUGUGUGUGUGUGUGUGUGUGUGUGUGUGUGUGUGUGUGUGUGUGUGUGUGUGUGUGUGUGUGUGUGUGUGUGUGUGUGUGUGUGUGUGUGUGUGUGUGUGUGUGUGUGUGUGGACUGACGUUUCUGACGGUUGGAGUGAAAGGGAGAUGUAUUUAUAUUUUGAUUGUCCUCAGACUGUUUUUAAAAUGACAGAAAAUAAAUGUUUAAUAAACCAGC